AUGACAGCAAUUCAUUUCCGCCCUCAGUCCCACUUUGGCUUCCCCAGACCCUCGGCCCCUAAAUUUACUGCCCGAGCGGCCCGAAUUCUCCCCACUGCAGCGCUUGUUACAACAGCAGCUGCCACUUAUUACUGUACCUACAUUCUACUACAACAACAAUACAAGUCAACUAUGACUCAACAUAGUCAGGCAUUACAGAGCUUGAAGGAGUUGGGCGAUCAAGAGACCAAGGCGUCAAUAGACCAAGACGAAAAGACAAUGCAGGAGACGUUAUGGUGGACGGCAUUUUGA